GAGAUGAGGGAGCGACAAGGUGGAGGUCUUGCAAUGGUGGCCGAGCAACUGAUCACGGGAGAGCAACCAUAUUUAGUUACGGCGUAGAGCGGAGAUAGCCGGUUACCUAUUAUCAGAUCUCAGCCGUUCGAUAGCAAAAGAACGAUCCAGACUUAGCUCACUUGCGUACCAGUGCGGAAUCUGCACUCCUGUGUCACCUUCCCAAUCCCAACCAAUAAGCGACCCUCCGGUCCCUCGUCCCCCAGCGUUCCAUCAUCGUUCAUGGACAUUGGACAAGAAACGCUGGUCCUAACCCAAACCCUAAACCUAGGGGAAAGAGAAGGGGAUUUCUCGAUGCCGAGCGAAGGGCGGAGGAGGAGAGGAGAGAUCUGAGGAGCGGAAGAGCAGGAAGAAAGGAAGGUGAUGGGGGCUCCGAAGCAGAAGUGGACGCCGGAAGAGGAGGAGGCUCUGAGGGCUGGAGUCGACAAGCACGGCGCCGGCAAGUGGCGGACUAUCCAGAAGGACCCUGAGUUCAGCCACUGCCUCGCCACUCGCUCCAACAUCGAUCUCAAGGACAAAUGGAGGAAUAUGAGUAUUGGUGCUUGUGGCCAUGGCUCUCGGGAACAGAUAAGGGCACCAAAAGUAAAAGGCCUUCCUGCUAUUCCAUCGACGAACUCCCGGAAGCUCAUUGUCUCUGCCCCACAAAAAGAUGCUGGAGUACGAGCAAUGGUGAAUCCUACAAAGAACUCACAUGAUGGGAAGAAUCCUCCUCGGUACACUGCAAUGAUAAGUGAAGCUCUUGUGGCAAUGCAAAAGCAAAAUGGUUCAGAAAUUGGUGCAAUUUGUAGCUUUAUAGAGAAAAAGCAUGAGGUACCACAGAAUUUUAGGAGGUUGCUUAGUUCAAAGUUAAGACGGCUUGUUGCACAGAAUAAAAUAGAAAAGGUUCAGAAGGGGUACAGGCUCAAAGAUUCCUCCUUCGCAACAAAAACUCUUACCCUGAAACAAAAGGAUCCAGCCAACCGCUCAAAGCUGCCUCAGAACUUUGGGUCAUGCAUCUCCCUAAACUCUAUCAAGGAUGCAGCGAUAACUGCUGCUUACAAAAUUGCAGAUGCAGAGGCCAAAUCAUUUCUUGCAUCUGAAGCUGUUAAGGAAGCAGAGAAGAUAUCAAAGAUGGUUGAAGAGACAGAUUCGCUGCUGCUGCUAGCAAAAGAGAUCUUUGAGAGAUGUGCAGGUGGUGAAAUCAUGACCAUGGCUUAAAAGCUGCAUGACAGUUUUAUGGAUGGCAUCCUCAGGAUCUGCCCCUUGAUAGAUUAAACGUUUGUACAUGAAACUUGCCUUGCCUUUUUCAGUUGUCAUUGCAAGCAUGGAAUUAAGCAUGGAAUUAAGCAUGGAAUUAACUUGUUGUGGUAAGAGAUUCUUAACAGGAAUAUCAUGGGAUCACCCUGUCAGGAAUUGUAUGAUAAAGCUUCUUUGUAUAAAUAUGCUCUUUUUGUCAGAUGACCACCAGAA